UCCACACUUGUGUCUUGACUCUCUCUCUCUUCUUUGUGUCUUCAUCUUCAUCCUUCAUACAUUUGGGGUUUUCUAUUUCGGAGAGAUGAGAGCAGAGCUUGGAAAGAAUCCUUCGAGCGAUGGAAAUGGUGAAGUGGGUGGAAUCAUAAAGCACAACAGGAAAUGCAAAGACUUGGCCUUUCUUAUCUUCUUCAUUUGCUUCUGGAUCGGCAUGAUUGUUAACUCAAGUUUCGGACUAAACCAAGGAAACCCACUCAGGCUUAAGUAUGGAUUGGACUACAAAGGAAAUGUUUGUGGUGAUAGACAUGCUUCACCUGGAUUAAGGGAGCUUGAAUUAAGAUACUGGAUGAACCCUAAUCAGGUUUAUCAGAGUGGUUUAAAGGGUAGUCAAUUCAAACUUGAUAAUGCUCGUAGCAUUUGCUUAUUGGAUUGUCCUGUUCCUUCUGAAGAUUCUCUCAAUUGGGUAUGUGAUUAUCCAGAAGGAGAUGUUCGUCUUUCAGUAAAUGAUUGGAUUGAUAGGAACUAUGAUUACUUUGCUGAUCUUACUCCUGACCUAAGAAACACCUCUCUUCAAUUACAAGGUCCAUGUUAUCCAGUCGUUUUCCCAAGUGUUAACGUUUACUGGACAUGCCAAUAUUAUUCUCGUCCUUCAAACGUGUCAUUAAAGCAUUGGCAGCAGAUGGGUGGUGUCAAUAUUGUUGAAGACUAUCUUAUUGAUAAAUCUAUUCACAAAGAGAUUAAUUCACGUUCAGCUGUCUUAAAGAGAUACGUUGCUGACAUUGGGAAAUCGUGGGGUGUUCUUAUUGUUUGCGGAGGAAUCUUGCCUCUGUUUCUCUCAUUGUUAUGGCUUUUGUUGAUUAGAUAUUUUGUUUCUGGGAUGCCAUGGAUAACUGUCGUCCUCUUCAACUUUCUUAUAAUUACAGUUACAAUGCUUUACUAUCUAAAAGCUGGAUGGAUUGGAAAUAGAGAAAUCUCCCCGAUAAUCGGUGAGCAUGAUCCAUACUAUAACGUAGAUUCGAGGGAGCUUACUCAUCUUAGAGUGGUCUCUGUUAUAAUGACUUUCAUCAUGGUUGUUGCCUUCCUCUCAUCGAUUGCUAUAGUUCGUCGUAUUCUUCAUGCAACCUCGGUUCUUAAGGUUGCAGCAAAGGUGAUUGGAGAAGUUAAGGCUCUUAUUAUCUUCCCACUCAUACCGUAUUCUAUUCUUGCAAUUUUCUACAUGUUUUGGUUUGCGGUUGCUUUAAACCUCUUCAGCUCUGGUCGGGUGGUUCAGAAUGACUGCAGUGCCAAUUGCUGCUCUUAUGAGCUUGAGUUGAAACGAGUGAGUUGUGACCGUUGUUGCGGUUAUAGGAUCAAAUAUACUUCUCAUAUUGGGGCUGCCAUCCUUUUCCAUCUGUUUGGCGGUUAUUGGGCUACUCAAUUUUUCUUAGCAUGCUCUUCAACUGUGAUCGCUGGAUCUGUCGCUUCUUAUUAUUGGGCUCGUGGAGAAUCAUCUGCGGAUAUUCCAUUCCUUUCAGUUUUCUCUUCAAUGAAACGGUUGAUGCGAUACAGUUUGGGAUCUGUUGCUAUAGGCUCUUUAACCGUUUCAUUUGUGGAAUCGAUUCGGUUUAUCCUUGAGGGGAUUCGUCGCAAGUUUAAAGGUGUGAAUACAAUGCCAGAGAGCUGGAUUGGAAGGAUGGCAUUUCAUUCUGCACAUCUUUGCAGACAAUGUGUUGAAUGGACCAUUAAAUCAGUAAACCGCAAUGCCUAUAUCAUGAUUGCCAUAACGGGUAAAACCUUUUUUAAAGCCUCGGAGAUUGCAACCGAGUUGAUCAUGAGUAACAUAUUACGGAUUGGGAAAGUGAACGUAAUUGGGGAUGUUAUACUCUUUCUCGGGAAACUCUGUGUUAGCCUUUCGAGUGCGGUUUUCGCUUUCCUCAUGUUGAACACUCACAACUUCGAUGGGGCAUCCAACAAAAUCUCUUCGCCAUUGUUUCCUGUCCUGAUAUGUUGGGCUUUGGGUUACAUUGUGGCUACACUCUUCUUCGGCGUAGUGGAGAUGUCGAUAGAUACGAUAAUCCUCUCGUUUUGCCAAGACUCCGAUGAACACCAAGGCACAGCACAAUAUGCGCCACCCCUUCUCCUUGAAACUCUCAUCAAUAAUGACCAGAAUGAGAUGCAAAGACUCACUCAAUAGAAGGAAGAAAGCUUUUGUUGAUGAAACCAAAGACAAUAUAAUCAAUCAUGUAUUAUUAUUAUUAUUAUUAUGUUGUUUCUGUUCUGUCAUAUUUAAGAUUCAUCCAUUGGAUACAAGUUAAAAACAGUUUUGGAUUCAUGACUUAUUGUAUAUAAUAAUUUUAUUGCUCUGGCAACAAAACCAACAAUCUUACUAAAAGCUAAGGCAUUAUUGGUCCAUGCUAUACUCCAUUGAAGAGUAUUGUUUCAUUA